AUGUCAUUUCGAAAGCGUAAUGUCGUCAUUGGAACUCCGGGAUCCUCUUCGUUUACUCCUCGGCAAGAGAAGUCUCUUGCGCCAGGAACGAGACCGUCACCAUUAGAUGGGCGAUUAACGACAUCUACGGGUACGCAAUCCUUGGAUCAACUCUUGUCAGGCCAUGCUGGAAUGCCCAUGGGAACUUCCUUACUCAUCGAAGAAACUGGAACAACGGAUUUCGGAGGCGUGCUUCUACGGUACUAUGCUGCUGAAGGACUUGUGCAAGGACAUCAAGUCCAUCUACUGGGCUUUGGUGAUGCUUGGAGAAGAGAACUUCCUGGUCUUGGCAACCCGGAAGGCUCCAAGAAGAGCAAGUCUAGUUCAUCCUCAGACGAUAAGAUGAAGAUUGCUUGGCGUUACGAGACACUCGGACGACAAAAUGUUCUAGCUAGAGAUGCUCAAGGACCAGCAAGUCCCGGCCAGACACAAAGCACUUUUUGCCAUACCUUUGACCUUACCAAGCGUCUUGAAAACAGCGCUAUCAAAGGCCAGCUACAUGCAAUGCCCGUUGAAGGUCCCUUGGCUUCUCCUACUCAUACACCAUUCCAAAAAUUUGUCACCGAAGUGACCUCCAAGAUUAAGAACUCACCUCCUUCCACUGUUCAUCGGAUUGUUGUGCCCAGUCUUCUGUCGCCUACGCUUUAUAAUUCUGCCGCCAGCCAGCCUAAAGAGAUCCUAAAGUUCCUUCAUGGCUUGAGGGCACUCCUGCGACAGUUCCCAACUCAAGUUACAGCUGUUGUAACGAUUCCUAUUACACUGUUCCCACGUUCGACAGGAUUGACUCGCUGGAUGGAGCUGCUAUCUGACGGAGUCCUUGAAUUGAUACCGUUACAGCAAGCUCCAGUUGUUCGAGAGCCUGGCAACGAGGACAAAGGGCAGGGACUCCUCCGUGCCCACAGCCUACCGGUAUUUCAUGAGAAGGGCGGUGGACUGGAAGGCACCUGGAAUCGAGAGAACUUGUCUUUCAAGUUGAGCAGUUCUAGCGGGCUGGUUAUCACACCCUUCAGUCUUCCACCAAUUGGCGACGAGGAAGAGCCGACCAAGGCAGCCAAACCAAACGAGCCUAAGAAGGAGAGUCUUGAUUUCUAA